AUGAAAUGCAUCACCACUCUGAUCCUAUUCACACUCGCUGCCUCGACAACAACGACAGCAACAACAGCAGCAGCAGCAGCAGCAGCAGCAGCGGCAGAAGACGAUGCAAACAGCACCAUUUCCGAGCUCAAAUCACAACUGCCCAAGUGCCCUGUCGCGUGCAUCCCCGCCGGAGCGCAAAAGGUUGGCUGCGAAUCCACAGAUCACUCUUGUCUGUGCCGGAAUAUCCAGGACAUGACCGACGCCGUGGCUCCCUGUCUGGUCGACUCCGGUUGCAGCCUUGAUGAGAUGGCUGAGACCGGCUCCGUAACACUCGAGAUCUGCAAGGCGGCGGCGGCGGUCGGCGGUGAGAACUCGACGACUAUAGACUUUGACGAGAAUAGCGAGACGACGUCUGCCGACACGGCGCAGCCUAUCGACGGCGUUGCCUCCAGCAUCAUGUCCAGUGGCGGGAGGGUCAUGGCUGUAGCUGCCGUUGUUGCUGGUAUUCUCAAGCCGUGA